GAAGGGUCGUCUUUUUAAAUAUUUUUGGUUCUACUUUUUUCUCAAUUUUUAAGCGGCAAUUUUAGUUCAUAUUUCUAAAAUGUGGCGCUCUAACUUACUACUUCUUUCGCRUAAUCUUGCUCCAAGGAAAUUACUGCCAUAUUUAAGGAACAAUCAAAGAUAUUUAUGCACACAGCUUCAAAARGAAUGUGAGAAAAGCACAGCGGUACUCGAUGCAGCAAAACAGCUAAARGAAGGUGACAGCCUCCAUGGUUACACAGUAACCAAGGUUGUACCAGUACCAGAACUGUCAUUAGUAUCUGUCCACCUUACCCAUGAUUCCACAGGAGCCCAGCACUUACAUAUUGCAAGAGAUGAUUCAAAUAAUGUCUUUGGGGUUGGAUUCCGCACCACACCCAUGGGCAGUACUGGAGUGUCGCACAUAUUAGAGCACACGACGCUGUGUGGAUCACAGAAGUUCCCUUGCCGGGAUCCAUUCUUUAAAAUGCUUAACAGAUCUUUAGCAACAUUUAUGAAUGCAAUGACAGCAAGUGAUGUCACAAUGUAUCCUUUCUCCACUCAAAACCCAAAAGACUUCAGGAACUUGUUGUCUGUGUAUUUAGACGCUGUGUUCUUUCCUCGCUUACAAGAACUGGAUUUCUGGCAAGAAGGCUGGAGACUCGAAAAUGAAGACCUCAACAACCCCGAUUCUCCUUUGGUUUUCAAAGGAGUUGUUUUCAAUGAAAUGAAGGGAGCCAUGUCUACAGCUGAAUCAAUAUUUGUUAGGGAUGCUCAGAGCAAACUGUUGCCUAGUCAUACUUAUAGUAACAAUAGUGGUGGGGAACCACUGUGUAUACCAGAUUUGACUUGGGAACAACUCAAGCAGUUUCAUUCUACUCACUACCACCCCAGUAAUUCAAGGUUUUACACKUAUGGAGACAUUCCACUUGAAGAUCAUCUGCAACAGAUUAAUGAAAUUGCCUUGAAACACUUUGAAAGGCUUCAAACAGAGACAGACAUUCCUAAUGAAAUGCGAUGGACUUCAAGUAGAGAAGCCAGCAUCACAGGUCCUGUUGACCCAAUGGAAGCUGACCCUGACAAACAGACUAUUGUAAACAUGAGUUAUCUACUUAGCAGCACUACUGAUCCAUUUGAAGGGUUUGUUAUGAGUGUCCUGUCGUCUCUUUUGAUUGGAGGACCRACAUCCCCAUUUUACCAAGCACUUAUUGAACCCAACAUUGGGUCARACUAUUCUCCUGGUACAGGAUAUGACAAUGGCACAAAGGAUUCUUCAUUCUCCAUUGGUCUCAAAGGCAUCAAAGCAGAAGAUGUACCAAGAGUCAAGGAAAUUAUCAACCAAACAUUUGACAAAGUCAUUCAAGAGGGCAUUCCACAAGAAAGAAUAGAAGCUGUUCUACAUCAGUUAGAACUUUCUAUCAAGCAUCAGAGCUCUAACUUUGGGCUUGGCUUAAUGAUGCCUUGGAACCAUGGUGGAGAUCCCACAGAGUACCUCCAAGUUAAUAAAUACAUGGAGAAGUUCAAAGAGUGCCUCAAAGAUGAGAAGUUUCUGCAGAAUAAAGUCAAAGAAUACUUCAAAGAUAACCCACAUUGUCUAACACUUGUCUUGAACCCAGACCCUGAGUAUGAAAACAAACUAGCAGAAGAAGAAAAGAAGAAACUGCAAGACCAAACUUCAACAUUGACAGCAGAAGACAAGGAUAUUAUCUACAAAAAGUCUGGUGUUCCAAUACAGUUUUCUGAGCAGCCCACUAAUGGUGUUGCGUACUUCAGGGCCAUCUCCAGUAUCUCAGAUAUCCCUGAUGACCUCAAACCUUACCUGCCAUUAUUCUGUUUCGUCAUUACAAAGAUGGGAGCAGGAAACCUGAAUUACAAGGAGCUGGCGCAGAUUAUCGAACGAAGAACAGGAGGAUUGUCUGUCGGCACUCACGUGUGUACACACCAUACAGRAACCAAUAAGUAUGAACAGGGCGUGAUGUUUUCUUCUCACUGUUUGGAUGGUAACYUACCACACAUGUUUUAUCUCUGGGGAGAGAUAUUUGCAAGGCCCAUGUUAGAUGACCAAGAKCGUCUUCGUACCCUGAUWAAUAUGAUGGCGGCAGAUUUUGCUAACUCCAUUGCACAUUCUGGUCAUUCAUAUGCAAUGAGCCUGGCUUCCAGUGUCUUGACUCCGGCUUCACAUCUGGGUGAAAUAUUUGGUGGCUUGUCCCAGGUUCUCUUCAUGAAAAAUUUGGUUGAUAUGGAAGAUCUCACGCCUGUCAUUCAAAAACUAACGACAAUAGCUGUACAUGUACUAGAGGGUACUCAAUUCAGAUGUGCAGUAAAUACGAUCCCAGAAAGUAGAUCUGCUGUAGAGACAGCUUUAGAAGGUUAUUGUGAUGCACUACCUAGUAGCACCGUUGAUGAACCAGGAACAGUAUUGAAUCUCGAAUUUCAACCCAAGUCCAACAAGACGCACUUUGAACUACCCUUCCCGGUGAACUACUCCAGUCGAUGUAUUAACGCAGUUACUUACAACCACCAAGAUUAUCCAAAGUUAAGAAUUCUUGCAAAGUUGUUGUCAUCUAAGUUUCUUCAUAGAGAGAUUCGAGAGAAAGGCGGUGCUUAUGGCGGUGGAGCUAAAUUAGGUGGAGGCGUCUUCUCAUUUUAUUCUUACAGAGAUCCCAAUAGUCUCGAUACAUUAGCAGCAUUCAAUAACUCGAUCACGUGGGCAGAGGAAGGAAACUUCACUGAACAAGACAUUGAUGAAGCAAAGCUCUCUGUUUUUGCAGCGGUUGACAGUCCUGUGUCACCCGGUAAUCGAGGACUACUGUACUUCACCCAAGGAGUCACAGACGAAAUGAGACAAACACAGCGUGACAGGUUGUUUGCUGUCACGCGUGACGAUCUGAUAGACGUGACAAGAAGGUACCUGUCUACCUCGGACAAAUACGACUCAGUGGCUCUACUGGGGCCUGAAAACGAGUUAACAGCCAAAGAUAGCAGUUGGACAAUACGUAAGGAAAGUCUGUAGAAUAUGAAAAAAGAUGGAUCACUCAGAUGACGCAGGACUUCGACAGUCGUAUCGCUGUCGUAAGGUAAUCGUGUCAUUGUCGCCCAGUGAUCCCGGUAUUGCUGUAGGUCCGUACACACGAAGGGACAUGUAGCAAGGACAUUUUGAUGACCCUUGCUAGGGACGUAUUCAAGUCAYAUAUCCCAGGCCCAUGGAUAUUUUGCCUCCCAGAUAUGAUGACCCCUAAAGUUAUAUCGGUUGAUUUUCAUGUCCCAGUCACAAAAUGCUACUCCCCCCCCCCCUACCCCACUCCAUCCCUACCCCCCCUUCCCCUACACUUCCUGCUGACCAUUCGUUAAGUGAAAAUUUGGUUUAAAAAAGGGAAGGUAUUGUUAGUAGAAGAGGAGCCCACUACUGUCCCGUGAUUCAACAUGUCCCUUCAUGAGUACCGACCUCGUCCAAACAAAUGGAAACCUUUUUAAAAAAAAUUCCAUUUAAUGAAAUAAACACCAUGAGAUUUCUUUAUAUAACUGUGAGUCASUUGAGGAGCGACAAUCAUAACUAAAUAAAACCUCUUUAUAUAUACAUA